UGACUGAUGAAAAGAGAUAGCUGAGAUGACAGCUAUUUGACCGGGGGGGGAACAGGAGGCGGUAGACAUGUAAAAGAGGAUGUAACACGCUGGGAAAACACAAGUCAAGAAUGAGUGAAACAGAGCUUGAGCUGCAUCCAGAACCUGGGAGAGUUCAGCCUUCACCUCUACUGCAACUACUCACUCAUUAUCCCCACCAGAUCCUGCAACAACUCGAGUCUGACCGACAGCGACUGCAUAUGUCAUACUCUAACAUCGAGCACCGAGUAAAGCCAGUGUGGAUGAAACAUCGAAAACGGCUACUCUUCCUCUUCAGCUGCAUCUUACUUGCUGGCAUGGUGGGACUAAUCAACCAUUUGUCUCACCAUUUCCACACUGUUACUCCGUGUCUCUCUCCUGCCUGUCAGUGGGCUUCAGCCCAUCUCUCCACAUCUGCUGAUCCCUUCACGCAACCCUGUGAUUACUUUCUGUUCACAUGUGGAUCAGACAGACUUUUGCUGGACAGUGAAAGGGGACAAAGAAGUCAUGGUUUUACUUUACAUGCAGAAAACCAAACAAAGUCUGUGCAGUCGAAGCAGGAAGAUGGAGGACUAACAGAGGAUAAAACACUGAGCAGAAAAGCUGUGUUGCUGCAGUAUCUCAAGAAGAUUUUAGAAACAGACAACGGGAUGAAUAGUUCAGCAGUGCAGAAGACUAAAGGAUUCUACAAUUCCUGUUUGGAUACAAAAUCUAUAGAAACUGCUGGCGCAGACCCCUUCCUCACACUCAUACAGAAACUGGGAGGCUGGGCCGUAUCGGGGCAGUGGAAUCAGACCGAUUUCAACACCACCUUGGGGUUGCUAAUGAGAGACUACAAUACCUUUCCAUUCUUCAACAUCUAUGUGGGCAAAGACCCUUAUGAAGCAGCACGUGGGAUUAACAAAAGAUACAUACAGAUUGAUCAACCUGAUUUGUUGAUCCCAAUUGAAUGGAACAGCAAGACAGAGAAGUCUAGAGCUAAAACUGAGACUCUACGUCCUUUCUUGGCCUCGUGUCAGCAAUACCUUGACCUGCUGGGUGCCCCGAAGAGCAGCAGCUUGAUCCAUGUGGGCUCUUUUGUCUCUCUGUCCUCUCAGCUUGCUGUGGCAUCUUCACCCCUGGACUCUCGCCUGUCCAAAAAACAGCUCUACCAGCACAUGACCAUCAAAGAGCUACAGACACAAGCCCCUGCUAUUGAUUGGUUGGGCUGCCUCCAGGCUGCUUUCCAUCCCCUGCCCCUCAGCGCAGAUGACGAUGUCCUUCUGCAUAACUUACCCUACAUCGUGCAAAUGUCCAACACCAUCAUCAAAUGGCAGAACAAGCCCGAACUGAGCAACAGCGCUCCCCUUCAUACUUUUAUGGUCCUCAAUCUGCUGCACACCCUGAUGCCUGCCAUGGACUCUAGAUUUUUUGAAACAGCAAAGAACUUUUCUAUGGCUCUGGGUAACACUGAAGAGGAAGCUCCUCGCUGGAAACACUGUGUGCUGGAAACUGAGAGAGGAUUUGACUCAGUUCUCACACAUCUUCUCAGUGAAUUGACAGCACAGAAGGAGGCAGAGAAGAUUAUUCAAAGUGUUUUUCACUCCUUCAAGUCCAAGCUAAAUGAGCUUGAGUGGACAGAUCAAACAUCUCGUCAGCUUGUCAUGGAAAAGGUUGAUUCUGCAAUUCCAAAACUAUGGACUACGAAGGAGCCCUCUAGUGAAGCCAAGCUUGACCUGCUUUUUUCGGAGAUGACAGUCAGCAACCAAAACUUCUUCUCCAACUAUGUCCAGCUACUAUCCCUGUGGCAGAAGAAACGCAUUGAACUCCUGAUCACCCAGCCUGAGGAUUUUGAUAUACUGUCUGUCACACCAGUUGUCUUCAGUAAAAAGCUCCUCUUUCCCAUGGGAAUGUUUGUACCUCCACUUUUCCAUCCAACCUAUCCUAGAGCCAUGAAUUAUGGUGCAGCUGGUUUCCUUGUUGCUAAAGAUAUCCUACACCUGCUUCUGCCUGACAUUUCGUCUCAAAGUGAGACCGUGCAUGCUGUGGGUGAAUGUGUGUGGACUCACUACCUCACAGUGUCAGAAAAGGCAGGCAGAGGUGGAGGGUUUCCGCUGUCAGCAGCACAGCAACAGGAGGUGUGGGUGCAGUAUACUGCACUGCAGGUAGCGCUGCAGGCUUAUCAUCAGAAUCUAAUGCAACAGCCUAAUGACACCUCUCUCUCAGGAAUCUCAUAUACUCGCUUGUUCUUUAGAUCCUUUUCUCAGGUUAACUGUGAAGCUGAUCCAUACCGUGACUCCAUGCCUUUUGAACCCUCCUUCUUGAUCACAGUCAUUUGUGCCAAAUAUAAUCUGUGUCCUACAAGCCCGCAGUGCUCCAUUCAAACCAAGCAGAAUUCAUUACAAGCAUGCUGACCAGUCUCCUCUGAUUUGACAUAAAAGGUGUACCUAACAUAAGUAGGCUACAACCCAAAGCACACUUAUGUAUUUGCUUUUGUUGUAAUUGUUAGGUUGUGUCUGCAUGUUGUAUAAUUGCGUGAGCGGUUUAGUUUUGUUUGUUUUCAUUUUUUAAAAACUGUUGAAACCUUGUUUCCAGCUUUGCUUUCAGUGAUGAAAGUUGCCAGAAAAGAGCCAUUGGAUCGAACAACAAAGUUCUCCUACUUAAAGAUGAUUUUGUUUAUUUAACUUUGACCAUCUUGAGUGAAAAAGUAAAAGUUAAAUUCAAAAAUGGCCUUUUAUUUUAAAAUAAAAUCAUCCAAGAUGAGUGGGAAAAUGUAUCUUUGCUCAAAACUUCAUAUAAAUAACAUAAACAUAUAAAAAAAUCAAUGAAUUCUGAAAAAUAUCCCCACCUGACCCCUGCGUAUCUUCUGAUUUCUGUACACUAACUUUAAAAUGUAAAACAGUUCUGCAAAUUGAAGUACAUAAUUGUAUACAUAAGGAAUCAAAGCUAGAAGAUGAACCUAUCAAAAUGUAGUUAGUAGAAGCCCUUCAUAUGCCAUAUGCACCCAUCUGUCCCACAUGGUAAUAUGACCUGAGAAAGAUGACCCAAAAUUUCCUCUAGUUAUUAUUAGAAAACACAUAAAACAUCAGGAUAGCAAUGCUUGUUUCUCUUCAGGGGUGUCAAACAUAAGGCCUGGGGGCCAGAAUCAGCCCAACAAAGACUCUAAUCCAGCCCAUUAAAUGGCUUUGGAAAAUGUGAGAUUUUUAACUGUAUUUUAGAGCUUUUCUUCUCCCAUGGCAAUUCAUACUACACCAAAAUGAUUACGUUAUAGAUUUAUGUAUUUUACACCUUUAUUUCUUACUAUUUAAGCCCAAAGAAUCAUCUUGAGAGAUUUCUUUCAUUUACUACAGCAGCAUUUCCUUAUUAUGUGGAAAACGUGAGGUGUACUUUUAAAAUUGCACUUCUUUUUCUUUUUCUUAUAUAAAAUCAUUUGACAUCCCUGCUCUACAUCACAGACAUUAAACUAGUGCAAUUUCACUUUUUAAACUAGGAUUUAUCCCAUGAUGUUGAUGCUCAAAGUUGCUUACACACACACACACACACACACACACAAAAUAUGUUGAACAAAAGUUAGACUUUGGCUUGUUACACUUGGAUGUGGGUUUAAAAUUCAUUUAGCUUCAUUUAGGUGAGCAAACAUGUGUUUUUGAGCCCUGAAAUGCAGUGACUAAAAAUAUCUGGUUCACAGUAACAAUGUUGCUGAUAAUCAGUGUUUGUGAUUAUUGUACUUUUCCAUCCAACUGCUUAUCCAAGGAUAGGAUGAUGGGGGUGCUGGAGGCAAUUCCAACUCUUAUGAGAUGAGAGGCAGCAUAUACCCUUCAAAGUCUUCCAGUCCAUCAUAGGGCUAAUAUAGUUAUACUCAAUUCAGAAUGACUAGUUAAACUGACAGGGAUGUCUUUGCACUGUGGGAGGAAGCUGAGGCACCAAUAUUUCUGUUGCUAUCAUUUAUUUGUCUUUAUCGCCUAUAGGUAAAUGUCAUGAAAUGUCUAUUUUAAUCAAAUGCAUGCACUCAAAAUAAAGUAGUCAAAAAAACCCAAUCAUAUUCUACUUAUUGAUAUUUGAGUGGACCCAUCAAUUAUUUUGAAUAACUUCCUGACUCAGUUAAGGCUCUGGACCAGCAACUGAAGAACUGUUAUUUUUCAAAAUGUCACAAAAUCAGCAUUCCUAUUUUAAAAUCUGACCAAUACGUGUCAGUGAAACUCAGUAGAGGAUUUUCCAUUAUUUCAGAUUUCUUCCUUAAUUAUGAAAUAGUGUGUAAACCUCAAAAAAUGCGGAGGAAAGCCACUGUUACAAACCCCACGCAGCUGAGUGCACUGGGAAAUGGUGCGAGCGAGAAGUCAGGAGAAAACACACAUUUGAAGGUGAUAAAACAGAUAGAAAGACCUUCUAAAACUCCAGCUGGGAAAGGCCUCGGAAAGGCAGGAGCCAAACGUUUGGGCCGACUACUGAAACGAGCUAUCCCUAACCAGGAUGAGGCGACAGGAAAGGCGAACGCUUCUCUUCCCAAGACUCCCGUCCGGCUUUUCAAGCAUCAGAUUCAAACAGAGGCUGGAAAUGCACCCAAGACAAAUUCUGCAAAGCCAACCUCGCCUCACAUCUCCCAGCUCAUCCUCAGUGUGGUUUCCCAGUGCAAACACAGAGGUGGCAUCUCCAUGGGAGAACUCAAACAGAUGCUGGCAGCUGGAGGCUAUGAUGUGGCCAAGAACAACAGGCGAGUGAACAUAGAGACCAAGAGGCUGGUUAACAACGAGACACUUGUACGAACUACAAGAAAUGCAUCAUUCAGACUCAACCAUAAGAAGCUGACAGACACAAUUCAAGUGAGGACGAGCCCAGUGAAGACUCCAAAGCCAAAAGCAGAGCUGAAGCUGACUCCGAAAACAGCAACAAGCAAAUCCCCCAAAGGAGCAGAGAACCAAAAGAGACGAGUAUUAAAGGCAAACCAAACCAAACCCAAGAGCAAAUCACACCAAACAAGGGCAACACCUCGAAAAGUUAGAUCACCCAAACUAAAACGCAAGCCUCGCAGAAUGGCGGUCACAUCGCACAAACUAACACACAAAACUUCCAAAGCGGCAGCCAAAUCACACAAACAAAGAAGGAAGACAACCAAAGGAAGAAAAUCACCAAAACCUGCUGGCAAGAAACGCAGACCUGCAAUGAACAGGGGCGCACGAGUUCGAAAGGUACCGAGGAAGGCUCAAAAGACUCGGAGACGCCGACCUAACCAAGUUCAAAAUCGGCAUAAAAAGCAAGCAAGACGAAGGCUUCCAAAAUCAAAGUUGAGAUCGAGGAAAAGCACUUACUACUACCGCUAGGCUGAGUCUUCAUGGUAAACAGUAAUAAACAGAACCCUUUUUAGCAUCCUGAAAUACACGUAGUUCUAUGUUGUGUUUGUGUUCCCAUAUCAUUUUUUCUUCACUUCACUGUACAGACCAUAGAUCGCAUAAAAGAUGGACACUGUUUUCAGAUACAAGUUCUGAAAAGUGAAGCUUCAGUGGAAACUUGUCUUUCUUUUAAAUGCUACUUGGAGGCGAUACCUGUGGUUGCAAAAAUAUUGUGUACUGAGGUCAGACAGACAUGUGAUCAUUAACCAUGUGAUUGCCAUUUUAAAUGGGUGAUAAUGUAGGAUCAAGUGAAUAAGGCUUCAGUCACACGAGCCUAGAGACAGUCUGUCUACCUGGCAACCACCAGUUGUGAUUGAAAAAUGAGUAUUCCCUGGCCUAUUAUGAGUGGUUGCUGGAGGUUGAUGGCAGUCUCUGGGACAUUGAUUGCUAAAGUUCCAGACACACAGGCCUACAGGCUGUCAGUGAUCUCCCUGGCAAUCAUCUGUUGUUAGGGAAAAAGGUUUAUUUCCAGCAUAAACCUCCUUCUGAAUGUUUUGAUCAGCAGCACAUUUUUGCAGUUUGAAUGGAAGUGAUGAACUUAUUACCUUCAAAGUAAAACUUGCACCCUUUGAAAUAUGUUGGCUGCAGCACUGAGACUGAACUUUAUUUUGAAGGCAAACAUUCGCCAUUUUGUGUUGCACUUUUUCAAGUUUUACUACCGCUAGACUAGUAGUUGGCAAGUGCUGGCAGAUAAACUAAAACUGCAGGCAACCAUGGCAAUCUGUUAGUAACCAAACCAAAGUGCUUUUAGUGCAGCACCUUCUUUGCGACUGAUUUUAUCCUGGGAGAGCCGGCAACCUUGAGAAACCACUGUCAGCCAGUUGGAGAAUACACGUCCCUAGCAACCGGUGAUUGUAUGACACCCAAUAUGGACUCUCAAAGCAUUGUGCACAUGAUGUCACUUGAAAAACCUCACUAGGAGACAAUUGCAAAACAGCUCUUGGACUUGACCUCUGAAUACUAUCUUGAUGAGUUUAUGGGCUGAGUCAUGAGGCUUGGGUCAUGUUGAAUAAAAUGUUAUGUCCGUUUGUCAAACUGUGAUCAU